AUGCUGUUCCCCGAAGAAGAUGCGCCUCUGCUCAAGGCUUGGAUCGUCAAGCGCAUCGAAAACACCUCUGAUGCCGAUGCCGAUGUCCUCGCAGACUAUGUCAUUGCUCUUCUCAAACACGAUGGCAACGCAGACGCGGUGCGGAAGCUAUGCGAACAAGAGAUCCCGGACUUUUUAAGUGAAGAUCCCAAGGCUUUUCUCGACGACGUAUUCCAAACCAUCGCAUACAGAUCCUACCUCCCGGGUGCUCCCCCAGCUCCAAAGAUUGGUGCCGAGCCAGAAACAAUACAGCCAUCUAUAACUGAGAGCGCAUUACCAAAUGGCUCAAGAAAGAGAGGCUUCUACGAUCUCGAUGAACACGACAACCAAGAUGGAUUCGACUCUUUCAACCGAGACGGACGCGCACAGAAGCAGGCCCGUCGCGGUGGGCGCGGAGGUCGGGGCGACGAUGUACGGGGAGGGCGACCUGGUGGACUCAUGCACAAUCUCCCUCAACGACCGGACAUGCCGUUCGAUCCUCAGGUCAUGGAAGCAUUUCUACAGAUGGGCUCUAUGGGGAUGCCCUACCCAGGCAUCUCUAACUUUCCGCAGCAGAGUUUUGGUGGUGGCAGAAAUCAGGCACGGAAAAGAGGUCGAUGCCGUGAUUUCGACACCAAGGGGUUCUGUUCACGCGGAAGUACAUGUCCGUAUGACCAUGGUAACGAGUCAAUAUUCGUUCCCCCUGGUACUGAGGAAUACGAUCCAAACGACCCGUUCUCCAUGUUAGCAAACGCGCCAAAUUCCAUGAAUCCGUGGGCGUUCCCCCCUGAUGCUGGCCGUGGAGGACGAGGAGGCCGUCGCAACCGUGGCUCUAAGAAGGGCGGUGCGCGCGCGCCCUUUUCUGCUGAUGGGCCUAACCAUGACCGUACAAAGAGUACAAUCGUCAUCGAAAACAUUCCCGAGGAGAGCUUCAGCGAGGAACAGGUACGGGAGUUUUUCUCUCAGUUUGGUAAUAUUCAAGAGAUAUCGAUGCAGCCAUACAAGCAUCUUGCGAUUGUCAAGUACGACAAGUGGGGGUCGGCAAAUGCUGCAUAUCAGUCGCCCAAGGUGAUAUUCGACAAUCGAUUCGUCAAGGUCUUUUGGUACAAAGACAAAAUCGAUACAUUACCAGCAUCCGCUCCUUUACAGGGGGGUAAUUGGACUGGUGACCCAAUGGCGACAGAAGAUGAGGAUCUUGAACCAGAGAUUGACAUGGAGGAAUUCCAGCGGAAACAAGAAGAGGAACAAAAAAAGCAUCAGGAGCGCGAAGCCAAGCGCGCAGAGAUUGAGCAGAAGCGCCAAGACAUAGAAAAGCAGCAACAGGAACUCCUCGCCCGCCAUCGCGAAGAGAACGAGAGGCUUCAGGCGAGACUUGCCAGUCAAAAAGGCCGAGACGGAGACGGAAAUUCGUCAGGGACAAACAUGCUACGAGCUAAGCUGGCGGCUCUUGAGCAAGAGGCUAAGAUGCUUGGUCUCGAUCCCAACGCUGAAGAGGAAACGAGCUCAUUUUGGCCCCCUCGAGGCGGAUACCGUGGCCGAGGGGGAUUUCGCGGUCGAGGUGCCGCGCCACGAGGAAGAGGAAGCUUCAGAGGUCGUGGAGGGGGCGGGGGGAAUAUGCACGCUGCAUAUGCUCAGUACUCGAUCGACAACCGACCCAAGAAGAUUGCUAUCACAGGUGUGGACUUCACGGCGCCUGAAAAGGAUGAGUCGCUGCGCCAUUUCCUCCUAAACCUUGGCGAAUUCGAGUCCGUUGAUACAGCCCAUGAAACCACGCACGUCUCAUUCCAAGAUCGCAAGACGGCAGAGAGGUUCUACUAUAGUCUACACGGUAAAGAAUUGCCUGGUGUCGAAGGUCGCCUAGACCUUGCAUGGGUGAACACGCCACUGCCACCUGUCAAAACCAAUAGUCAUCAGGAUACUUCUCGCGAUGGUGGUGAGGAUAAGGAGGACGAUGCCAUGGCGGGUUUCGAUGAUCAGCCCAGACGGGAAAGGAGCGCCGAACCGCAGCAAGAGGAUAGAGCAGUGAAUAUGGAUUAUGAGGUGGCAGAAGAGGAUACCUGGUGA